AUGGACUUAUCUUAUGAUGCUCUGCAUGAGAAAUUUGCUCAACUUCAAAUUCUUGAAAAACAGAGAAAAAAGUCCUUAGCUUCAGAAUGGUCUGUAACAGAAUCUCAAAAAAAAAAAAACCUUUCAAGAAACAGAUAUUCAGAUAUUGUUCCAUACAAUAAGUCCAGAGUUAAAUUAAUAAAUUCGGAAAAUGAUUAUAUCAAUGCUUCAUACAUUUUUCUUCCAAAUGAUAAAAAAUAUAUAGCAUCACAAGGGCCAUUAAAAUCUACAAUAUUGCAUUUUUGGAAUAUGGUUUGGGACAAUUUAGAAGAUCAAGGUAUUAUUUUAAUGCUUACAAAAAUUGAAGAACAAGGUCUUGAAAAAUGUGCAAAAUACUGGCCAGAAGAAGAAAAAGAGUUUAUUUUCCCUGAGGUUUUUUUAAAAGUUGAGUUUAUUGGAAAAGAGUAUGAUGAAAAAGCAGAAACUCUUAUUCAUCAUUUAAAAUUAUCGAGACUUAAUAAACCAGAAUUAUCAAAAUAUAUUAAUCAUUUUUAUUUUAAAAACUGGCCAGAUCAUGGUAUUCCUCAGAAUCUUCUACCCUUUAUUAAUUUAAUAUCUUUGGUUACUCUCAUAAAAAAAAAAAAUGAUUAUAUUAUUGUUCAUUGUAGUGCUGGUUGUGGUAGAACUGGAACUUAUAUUGCUUUAGAUUAUUUAAUUUCAACACUUUCUACUUUUAAAGUGAAUUUUAAUGAAAAUAUAAAUGAAGACCCCAUCUUUAAUAUUAUUAACCAAAUUAGAGAACAAAGGAUGCAUAUGGUUCAGAGUUUUUCACAACUGGAAUUUAUCUAUAAGACUGUGAAAUAUUUUCUAAAAACACUAGAAUCUUAA